UGUUGUUAAUAGAGCGAUACUGACGUUCCGUACGAUCGCGAUGAAUUGCAGCCGCCGAAAGUACCGGUAAUAAUGAUUUAAUCCAGAUUUCCGGACCUCGGACGUUGUUUAUUCGUGUGCGCAGUGCACUGCUGAAUUCACAAUGGAUAGAUAUUUGCGAUGGUUCAUCAAAUAUCAAGCGUACAUGAUCGUCGUGUUCACGCUGACGAUGGUGGUUGUGAUCACACCGGCGAUGUCGGAACAUAACGCGAAUGAAAUUGAAAACCUACGAUUCGGUGGCCCCGUGGCAACAAUAUUUGGUUUUACCUGGGCCGUAGCCGUUCUGUGUUUGAUAAUUGCUAUACAGAAGGAAGACAAACGCUUCAUAUUCCCCUAUCUGGCCGUGUUCGGAUUGGAUCUCUCGUUGCUGGUGCUGCGUGAAUUUUACCUCAUGAUAAUUCGUGGGAUUUUUAUAGAAAUAAUAACACUAAAAAUAUUUAUCGCUACGUUAAUUAUACCGUACGUCUUUGCAAGUUUGUUCGCGUUACAUCGCCUUUUUACGGUGGACCCCAUUGAUUCUCAGCGAAGCGAAGGAUUUGUGCGCUUCGAUCGAAACGAAACGAUCGGUGUAGAGGAGAAUCAGGCCAAUACAAGCAGCAAUUCGACAAACCAUGCAAUACCAGUCGUGUAACUUGUGACAAACAUUAAACUAAAAGGCAAAGUAUAGGCGAACCAGUCUACACCAUACUGCCUGGUAGCAAGUUACACUAUGUUAGAAGAUAUUAUUUCUAAAACAAUGGCAAAGUUACCUUUCUAAUAAAUUAUCCUGAACUGAAUACAAUACAA